AACCUCACUUCAAACUCAAAAUGGCAGACACGAGCUCCCGACGAGUCGCCGAGGUACUUCUUGAACCUAAAGGCUUGAAGAUUACUUCCUUCCAAGAAAUUCAAUCUCUUUGGGCAGGAUACGGUCAUAUCUGCGCUCUCACCGCAAAACCAAAAGACGCCGAAACAGCUGGCAGAGUGCGCAAGUACCUGCAUGCAGCCGAGUCAAACAAUACGUUCUUUCUCAUUUUGAAGCUUAUAUCGCCGCCGCCUGGCCCCACAGAUGAGGGUCAUCUACGCAAGAUACUGAGUUACGACGUUGAGCAGUAUUUCUACGAACAUGUUGCUCCUCAAUUGGAUGACGAUGUUGCAGUGGCUCACUGCCUGACGUCGAGUUGGGAGUCGAAGCAUGAAGAUGGAGAAUUGAGGGGUCUCACAGCUACAAUUCUUACCGAUUUGAGAGUCAAAUUCCCCGUGGAAGGAGGGAAGCGAUCUGUUCUGAGCCCGCGACAAGUUGAGUCUGCUCUGGAGUGGCUGGCCAAAUUUCACAGCAACUCGUGGAAAUUCCUACCUGCGAACUUGGGUGAAUAUCUCCUCCCUCCUCUGGAGGAAUUCAAGCGAAGAGAUGCGGGUGAAGCUGGAGGAAGCAAGUUAUGGUUGAACGGGGGAUACACUUAUCUCGCGACUCGACGCACAGAGUACAAGUCCCUUGCUGGCGAUACAUACUCCGAGUGGUCAGAGGCGUUUUGCGCGCCUUUUCAGGGAUCGGAUAAGUCGACUGCUGAAGUGGUAGCUGACUUCCUCACACCAACUGGUCGACCCUUCGAGACGCUCAUCCACGGCGAUGUCAAGUCUGAGAAUCUCUUUACUACCGAGCUGGGAGAUGAUGUCUGCUUCUUCGACUUUCAAUACGUCGGUCUCGGACUGGGAGUCUGCGAUUUGGCCAAGUUGUUUACAUGCUCCGUCCCCCUCGACAUGCUAACCGACUGUCCAUCUCUACCAGAAGAAAUGGACAUGGACCGUGGUGAAAAGGCUUUAUUGUAUCUCUACCAUGAGACCUUGUUGAGCCGUCGGCCAUCUGACAAGGAACCCUUGAACUAUGAUUGGGAUACUCUUGUUCGACAUUGGGAGUGUGCUCUUGUUGAUUGGUGUCGCUUCCAAGCAUCGUGGGGAUUCUGGGGAAACACGGAGUGGCUUGAGGCGAGAGUUAGGCAUAUUCUCAAAGAUGCUGAGUGGAGAGAGUGGUUGCAGAAGGUGGUUUCUGAUACAGGAAGAUAUUCCAGCAUAUAGACAACAAACGAAUAGAUUUGUAUUUGAUUAGUCAA